AUGUCCUGCUCCAGCCUUUGUGUACCUUCCUGUGGGGUGGCCGCCCCAUGCCCAGUGGCUGACACCACCAAUGAGCCCUGCGUGCGUCAGUGCCAGAGCUCCACAGUGGUGAUCCAGCCCCCGGCCUCAGUGGUCACCUUCCCCGGACCCAUCCUCAGCUCCUUCCCUCAGCACAGCGUUGUGGGCUCAGCGGGAGUCCCUGCCAUUGCUGGGGGCUACGGCGGAAGUUAUGGAGGCUAUGGUGGAUUUGGAGGCUAUGGUGGCUACGGGGGCUAUGGAGGCCUUGGUGGCUAUGGUGGCUAUGGAGGCUAUGGUAGCUGUGGAGGCUACGGAGGCUUUGGCGGCUAUGGAGGCUUUGGUGGCUACGGAGGCUUUGGGGGCUGUGGAUAUGGAGGCUGGGGCCGAGGCCUCAGGUCCUUCGGUGGUUGGUGUGGCAGCUGCUAA